GAUGCCGACAAAACGUAUUAUUCCAUGGAAAAUACCAGAUUGGUUGCUGAAUGAUGUCCUAUUGAACAAAUCUAUAUCCGAACGUUUACCAGCCCACUACAAUUUUGAAAUUCAUAAAACCAUAUGGAGAAUACACUCCCUACGUGCUAAAAGAAUCGCAUUGCAAAUGCCAGAAGGUCUAUUGUUGUUCGCCAUACCAAUUUCUGAAGUCAUCCAAAACUACUUCGUCCGUAUUAAUCGGACUUCGGAAUCUGACCUCCCCGACAACAAUAUUGCCGCUGAUGGAAACAUAAAGGAUCUUGAUAUUGUUAUCUUAGGUGAUGUUACAUAUGGUGCUUGUUGUAUUGAAGAUUUGACUGCGAAAGCACUCAAUGUUGACCUACUUGUACAUUAUGGUCACAGCUGUUUAAUACCAUUGGAUUCUCUUUCUGUCCUGUAUAUAUUUGUCGAUAUUCAAAUUGACAUUGCUCACUUUGUAGAUAGUAUAAAAGCCAACUUUGAAAAGUCUUCGCGUUUAGCACUUGUCUCGACAAUUCAAUUUGUAACCAGUUUGCAAGCCACUAAACAACCUUUACUGGAUUCUGGUUAUUCAGUUGUUAUUCCACAAUGCUUACCGUUAUCUCCUGGUGAAAUACUUGGUUGCACAUCGCCUAAAGUGGGAGGUGUUGAUGCUUUAAUUUACUUAGGCGACGGUCGCUUCCACUUGGAAUCUAUUAUGAUAUCUAAUCCAUUGUUAGAUGCUUAUCGUUAUGAUCCAUAUGAUAAAUCAUUCACACGUGAAUACUAUGAUCAUAAAGAAAUGCGUAGACACAGAAAAGAUGCGAUAGACACGGCUAAAACUGCUGUAAAUUUCGGUAUUAUUUUAGGUACAUUAGGUAGACAAGGAUCACCAGCUGUUGUAAAGCAACUUCAAACAGAAUUGGAAAAAUCUAAUAAAACAUACAUUAUAUUACUAUUGUCUGAAAUAAGUCCAAGUAAAUUAGCUCUUUUCGAUGAACAAGUGGAUGUUUGGAUUCAGGUUGCAUGUCCUCGUCUCAGUAUUGAUUGGGGUGCUGAAUUUACUAAACCAUUGCUUACACCAUAUGAAGCAUUUGUUGCUUUAAAUGGACAAGUUCAUUGGCCUAAAGACCUAUCUGAAGCUUAUCCAAUGGAUUAUUAUGCUAAUCAAAGUUUAGGCCCAUGGACACCAAAUCAUAAAUUGAAUAAAAAACCAGUGGAAAUGAUAAAAACGACUAACAAAAAGUGUUUAACAUGUGAAGAAACAGGUGCUGCUGUAAAUACAACUUGCUGUACAAAGUAGAAA